UAUAGGCGUCUCUCAGACUUGGCAGGCUGCCUCACGGGAAGUAUCCGGAGAUCUGUACUUUCACUUUCGUUUCCUUAAAAAGAAAACAAGUAACUGCUCGAUGUGCUGUGUAACCGUUUGUGAAACAGAAGCUCCUGUGUAUAAGCUGCUGAGUGUCCGGAGAACCCGCCACAGCCUGGUGCAACUGAUCACGGAGUGAACCAUGACAACCACAGAUCCGAGGGUGGUCCUUGUAUCCGGUAUACCUGGUUCUUUGUUUGAUGAUGAUGAGGUGGUGAAAGACAAGCUUCUCAUACACUUUCUGAGGCCCAAGAACAACGGGGGUGAAAUUAUUAGUCUACAAUACCCCAUGAGAGGACCUGGGGAAGCCAUGAUCACGUUUGAGCAGAAAGAAGUGGCCGAGAGGAUCUUGAGAACUAAGCACUUGUUUGCGGUGGACGGCAAGUUCUAUCCCCUGAAAGUGAUGCGUCCGCACAGCCUUAAUACAGAGUUCACGAUGCGCACAAAAGCAACAUUGAACCUGCAACCUUUUAAGGACGAAAGAGAAGUAGAGACAAUAGUGAAGAAAUGUGGACUGAGAAUACUUUUCAGAAGGGGAACAGAGAUUGAGAUAGAAGGGGAGUUCCAAGAAUUAAGAAGGUUUAGAAAUGAACUUGCCAACAUGAUAAGUGAAUGUAGCUCGGCCAAUCAUGGGCCUCAUACAACAUCCCGUCAUGCAGACAUUGAGCGAGUACCUAAAGGAAAAAGGAGUCCACAAUUUAGAAGCUCUGGAAGAGGUCAGCAUGUAUCAUCUAGUGAUGUCUUUCCUUCAGCACACACUGAAAUUAAAGCAAAUGUAAAUGGUACAAAUUACAAGGCUUCUGAAUCGCACUACAAAGCCAACAAUUCAGUACGUCCCAAGAUACCCUUUAAUAAGAAAAACACAGCUGGUUUUUCAGCAAGGGAUCAUGAAAGAAAUUCACCCAGCAACGUAUACUCAAAAUCAGAACGUCAACCAUUCUCAAGUCAGGGAAGCAGUUUACCGCCAGAAACAACCAGUGUGGUGUCCAUUAAAGGAAACGUUGAAGCAUCUCAGAGAUUUGCAGAUCCCUCAUCCGCAUCAUCUACUGGGCUGUCUUCAGAAUCUGUCAGUGGAACACCCUCAAACUCAAGCCAAUCAGAAACCUUCAUUUUAGAAUGUGAUAUAUUAGAGUAUAUAAAUGUCUUCAAAAAACAAUCGGUGAAUGAUAUUCUCACAAAAUAUGCAGUUGAUAUUGUUACCGCAACUACAGAUGAUUUGAGCUAUGUCACCUUAAAACCAAAGCAACACUGCACAUCGACAGACUUUGAAAAGGCUCGUAAUGAAAUAUCACAGUUGUUCACCUUGUGCCAGACACAACUGAGAACCGAAGACCUUAAUCUGAAAGAAUUCCCAGCUCAAUAUAGGACAGAAAUUGUUGGCAAAAUUAAAGAGGGUGCAAUGAGAUGUGGCAUUUUGUCAAGGAUUUAUGAAGAUUCAUUACAUCUGAUUGGGUUUUCCAAAGAUACCUAUGAGUUUAUGCAGCAAUGCAAAGCAAUUAAAGAAACCUACCAAAGAAAGCCCUAUAAUGUCAGAGGGGGGGCAGAAAUGUAUGAUCCUCGUCCCCCUACUACAAAAAGCAAGAACACUGAUGACCAUGCAGAUGAUGAGCACAAAUGUAUGCAAGAUAGCUUACCCCGGCCUACUCUCCUUAGAGGAGCAGGAGGUGAGAAUGGCAGGGAUUCGUCCAACAGAAGGGGAGCAGAAAAUGGAUCCAGUACGUCGCAUUCCAAUGUGGGAUAUGGUAACAGAAACCAAAACAGGACUCCACGUAGAAACAAAAAAUCCCCCAAUAAGAACUAUUAAUGAAGCCGACACAUUGAGUUUUAAUAUCUGUAGCUUUCUGUUCAGAUGUCAUAUCUAAAUGGUUCUAAAAACAUAUUUCAGGGUCUAACUUUUAGGUCAUUUUCACUCACUACAAAUGACUAAUUCCUCCUACAUAGACUAAUGCACCAUGUUUGCUUUUAUAUAUAAUAAUUUUGGAUUUUCUUGUUGUGUGUAAGGUACUGUAUUAGUCAUAUUAACAUUGUGUAGAACUUAUUUAACUGAACCUAAUGCGACUGUUUAUCUGCUAAGGCUUUGGAUCUGUACAUUUAUAGAAAAUGCAAAUGUCAUCACAUGCUGGUUGCUAUGCAGAGUUCUAAAAAUAAUAAAAAGGACAUACAAUGACUUGAAAUGAAUAGUAAAA